GCGUUCAUUGGUCACUCUGAAAUAAUUCAACAAGCUAUGUUCACUCCAGACCAACUAAGUGUAAUCAGUGUUGGAGAUGCAAUAUUUGUCUGGGAUUUUCUUGCUGGUGUACUAGAUCAGGAGACCAGCCUUCCUUCAAUUCAGCCGUUUGCCCUCCAUGGAACUGAAGCUCCCUCGGUUGCAGACGGCAGUGAGGGAUGCCAAAACGGUGGGAUGCCUCGCCAGUCAGUACCAGUCCCCAGCUCCUCCCCACCACUCAAUGUCAGUGCUAUUGAAAGAAAUGAACAGGAUGUGUUUUUGUCUGAUCCAGAGAGUAAAGAUAACCACAAUCAAAAUGAUGACUCGAUCACCGUUGGAAGAAUUGGAGACUCAAUCUUGCAAGUCCAUGAAAAUAUGCAUUCUGGCGAGAAUGUGUCACCUUUCAUGAAGCCUGUUUCUCUUCAGGAACACCAGGAAGAGCUGGAUGAACCAGCAUCUUGGUUUGGAGAUGGAGAUUUCCCACACAACAAUAAACGUCCAGAUUCAUACAAACAUUUUGCUGCUCAAUUCAAAGCCUCAUCUGUAUCUCAGGCUGCAGUCCUUCCUGUUGGGAAAGAGGAUCUGAAGCUGAAAGUAGUAAUUGGAUACAAUGGAAACGGAAGAGGAAAUAUGGUCUGGAAUCCUGAUACGGCACUAUUUGCAUAUUCUUGUGGCUGCUUGGUGGUAAUUGAGGACUUGCAUUCUGGAUCUCAGAAACACUUAACUGGUCACAUGGAAGAGAUCUCUACACUUGCAGUUAGCCAUGACGCGCAG